AUGGCUACGACAUCUAGAAACGCCAAAGGCGCCGCCAAUGCGUCGAUAUCCAAAAAGCGAAAGCGCCAAUCGAGCGACACCGGCACGAAAAGACCGGCCCCCGGCAGCCCGGCACCAGCGCGUUCGCACCAGGACACCGGUCAUUUCAAAGAGGGCGAGUCGGUCAGGGAAUGCGCCAAGCCUUACCUUCUAGCAGUGGCGGAGAUGCCGCUGGACGCCUUCGACACGACCUGGAGCAUUGGUCGGAAUCGUGGGCUCGACCUGGGGCACGUCCGCGAACUGAAGGAGACGUUUAGGAAGGUCGGCAUCGAGCGGCGCGCACCCGAGAACCGACUUAUCGGCCUCUGCAGUGCCGAGCAGGUACGGCGCAUGCGGGAGCGGAGCGACAGUCAGGGCGUCUAUGCCCACUCCGACUGGACCGAGACCAACGCUGGCAUGAAGGUGGAGUUGAUGGCGGGCCAGCACCGUAUACAGGCUUUCCGGGAGUAUGUCAAGGACACGGGAUCACCAGAAGGAGCAGUGCUAUGGUGGACAUGCGAACUUUACGACAAAGAUCGGCUGCCGCAUGACCUCAACGUGAAGUUGCGCGUCAAUCGCAGAGACCCGAGCCUGCCCGACAACCACGGGCAGAUCUGGACGCAGCUUGUGUUGGUUGCUCCCAAGGGGGCAGGCGAUCGCCUGGAGGACCGCGUGGGCGUCGACAUCAAACUCGUCGAGGCACUCCGCCUCGGUGGGGAGAAGAAUUUCCCGACACGCCGGCUUGUGACGCUCUGGAACCACACCAGGUGGCGGGACAUGGUAACACGCUGGUGCAGUACAAGGCUGGGGCUCGAGACCUUCAACAUCUCGGUGUUUGAAUGGAUGUCCAGCCUGCGUAUGGAUGACUAUUGGUUCGGAAAACUGGACGCCGUCCUUCAAACACUCCAGGCGCUGCCACUAGACGACACCAACGCACUCGGGCACCGAGACUGGCAGCUUAUAGCAACAGGCCUUCACGGGGCGGGCCGCACCGCCCAGGAGGUCGAGUCUGUAUUUUACGUGACGGACGGGAGCCAGCGUGUCCGGGUCGAGGGUUUACUCCCGGCACUGGACGACGACCAGUAUGGCGAGGUGUGCCGGGCCAUCGCCUCGAACACGUACAAACCGGCCUUUCCGGAUCUCAAAAGGCUGAUCCGGAGCAGCAGGGUGGAGGCGUACGUCAUGGCGCGCGUCCUACAGCACGUUGUCGCGUGGAUCGACCUGGAGAGCGCUCUCGCCAUCGACCAGGUAAACCCCAAGGCCAAGAACAAGCCGCUAAUCAGGGAUAACCUGGCCGCCGCCCUCAAGAGCCUGGCCCGAUCAAGGGGUGCGGGGGACUACCCGGACGACACCAGCUUGCGCCUGCAGCAACGCGUCCUAAACUUCGCCCGGGACAGCCUGGCCGACUUCCGGGCGGCGGACGUACAAGCGCUCCUCGACGACGAAGUCUCCCUCGUCAAAACAACUGCGUAUGGCACCCGCUUCGCGUACGCCCCGUGGGCUCAGCUGCUUCGGCUCACACGGAGGAUAACCGACUCGGGCAGGUGCCAAGCCGUACUGCGUCCUGGAUGGCAAACCGACCAUCCAAAGUAUCAGGGGGGAUCUCAUAAACCACCCUCGCCACUCGUAAAGGCGUUCUGCGUCAAUGUUUUCAAGACUGUGGACCGACCCGAGCUGCACACUCCCAAUGCGAUGCUUGCCGUCCAACGCAAGAUUGAGGAGACGAUUGCCGCCCACACGGCCGAGAUCUUGGCUGGGGGGAAUGGUGGUGCUGGGUCGCAGCCGACGGAGCCGGGGGGGCUUCCCUGUCCUGACGACGCAAGUAUCGGCUCUAGCCCCGAACCGUCGUCCGGCCAUGUCUCAGAUGCGUCCCUGCCAGCAAGUAACAGGAUUCGGGGGCAACAGCAGCGGCAAGCGUCGACACCCAGCCAAGCAUCGUCGGACCACAGCGGCAUCGAGCGACCGGGAGACGGUGAGGACCCAGUCCAAUCCGCCACCAAGAAGGGAGUUUCAGGGCGCGAUCAACAGGCGCAAGGCGUGCAGGCGAGCGGGUCGGACCUGCUGCCGCCAUCUGCAGACCAAGACCGGAUCGGUGAUGAGGUGUUUGUUCCCAGAUGGCGGCGGGAAGUAAAAAGUGCGGGGAAGAAGGGGUCCAGACCAAGAAUUAAUUAG